AUGGGGACGAACAUUGGAGGGCUGAGUUUGAGUGGGACCCAGCCGCCUGACUCACUUCCCAGAGGCCGCAUGAUGAGUGUCCCGGAGAAGAAAUGGCAUUUGGAGAGGCACUCAGGUGAAAUGAAAGAUCGCCACUUUUACGAGGCCAAGACUGGACUCCUACCCUCGCGAGCCGACUUUGGCGUCUCCUCCAAUGCCAUUGAGCUCUCGAUGCGGUUGCCCGCUAGACGUGCGGCAGCCACCACCACUAACCUAUGCGUCAGCCACCGCGCCCUGACAUGGUUGAUGCCUUGCGGCACCUCUAGCUGCCAUUCCCCUAGGGGCCCCGGACCUGGGCUGGGGUCCCCCAAGGCAGGCGACCUCGAUGUUUAUGUCACGGCCCGAUUUGACCACAUUAGCUUGCUCUGGUUGAGCAGGUUCUGGUCAUCUGCUGUUGAGUUUAGAGUAGCUGCUUUCGUGUAUGGCUGCAGGUUCAGUAGCGUCAACAAUUUCCGUGAUAAGCUCAGUUGUUCUUGGUGGAACAACUUUGAAGGUCGAAGCCUUGACUCAGUUUUUGCGGAUGGGUGGUCCAGGCGGAGGCUGAUCCUAAUGGCUUUGAAGGAAGAAGUAAUUGUUGACCUUGUUGAUUGCUGUCGUUCUUAUCAAGAGCGUGUUGUGCUUCUGUGCCAAAGGUAUUCCACUGACCAAACUAGGAGUGACAGAAACUCCAGCUUUGCCGCCGUGGAUGUGAAUCGUGAGUUCUGGAUCUUACCUUCAUUCGUCCCCAUUCAUCCUGUUGAGAGAGAAGAACUUCAUACUCAACCCUAUGACACGAUUUGCUGGAGAAAAGUCCACCAUCUUUGUGCCAAGGAGGAUCUCUACUAUCCCCAUCACUUAGUACAAGAUCUGAUCUGGGAUAGUCUUCACAUAUUUACAGAGCCUUUUCUCAACUGUUGGCCGUUUAAUAAACUUAGAGAGAAGGCUCUUCAGGUGACGAUGAAGCACAUCCACUAUGAAGAUGAGAACAGUCGAUAUAUCACUAUUGGAUGUGUGGAAAAGGUGUUAUGCAUGCUUGCUUGCUGGGUAGAGGACCCAGACAGUGACUAUUUCAAGAAGCAUCUUGCUAGGAUACCAGAUUACCUUUGGGUUGCUGAAGAUGGAAUGAAGAUGCAGAGUUUUGGUAGCCAAGAGUGGGAUGCAGGCGUCACCAUCCAAGCUUUGCUUGCCAGUAACAUGACUGAGGAGAUAGCGCCCGUAUUAGCUAGAGGACAUGACUUCAUUAAAAAAUCUCAGGUCAAGGAGAAUCCUUCUGUUGACUUCAAAUACAUGUACCAUCGUAUUUCUAAAGGAUCUUGGACAUUAUCGGAUCAAGAUCACGGUUGGCAAGUAUCUGAUUGCACUGCAGAAGCUCUGAAGUGUUGCUUGCUUUUUUCAAUGACGCCACCUGAAAUUGUGGGUGACAAGAUGGAGCCAGGGAGAUUGUAUGAUGCUGUCAACAUCUUACUCUCUCAACAAAGUAAAAAUGGCAGAUUGGCAGCAUGGGAGCCUGCAGGAGCGCAGGAUUGGCUAGAAUUUCUAAAUCCGACAGAGUUCUUAGAGGACGUCGUCAUUGAGCAUGAAUAUGUUGAAUGCACAUCAUCAGCUAUCCAAGCUUUGGUUUUGUUCAGGAACUUGUAUCCUCGUCACAAAAAGGAGGAGAUAGUGGAUUUUAUAUCAAAUGCUGUACAGUAUCUGGAGAGCAUGCAAAAGCCAGACGGGUCAUGGUACGGGUGCUGGGGAGUUUGUUUUAUAUACGGCUCAUGGUUUGCGCUUGGAGGACUAGCAGCUGCUGGCAAGACAUAUAUCAAUUGUGCAGCUAUGCGCAAUGGAGUCACCUUUCUUCUACGAACACAGUUGCAGAAUGGCAGGUGAGGAGAGAGCAAUCUUUCUUGCCCGAGGAAGGAAUACAUACCACUUGAAGAAAAGAGAUCAAAUCUGGUGCACACCGCUUGGGCUAUGAUGGGUCUGAUUCACGCGGGGCAGGCGGAGGGAUCUAACUCCCCUGCACCGGGCUGCGAGGCUGCUAAUCAAUUCACAAAUGGAAGACAGAGAUUAUCCCCAACAGGAAAUCACUGGGGUUUUCUUCAGGAAUUGCAUGUUACACUAUGCCGCUUACAGGAACAUAUUCCCAUUGUGGGCUCUUGCAGAGUAUUGUCGGCGGGUUGCUUUACCGUCUAAAGGCCUUUGAAGAAACAGGGCAUAUCAUUACAACUUACAGAGAAAACGUAAAUUUUAUAAGCACAAAAGUAAUCAAGACCCAUAUAUGUGGUUUUUGUUGUAUGAUAGAUGUAGAUCCGAAGGAUUUGUGGUCCUAGGAUUGAGGAUCCAAGCUAAGACUAUGGUGUAUCCAUAUUCAUUGUAAUAGAAUCCAAACUAUUGUUGAAAUAAAUGGAAAUGAUCAGAUACGAUGUGGCUGAAAGCAAUGGAGCAUUCAUAUCA